AUGACAGAAUCAGAAAAGACACUGUCUGUACUUAUCGCUCUUAACUCACUGGUUUUCAUAGGCUGGCAAAUACCUCGCUUCAUGCCGUUUAUGGGUCAGUGGUUUUUACAUUUACCAGGUACAAAACGAAACCUGACCUUGUUGACAAGUUGCUUCUCUCAUCAAGAAUUCUUUCACUUUGCUCUCAACAUGGUCGGUCUAUGGUCUUUCGGUCGAGUUGUGCACGAUACAUUUGGAAGGGAGCAGUUUCUAGCCAUGUAUUUAUCAGCUGGUGUUGGUGCUAAUGUUGUCAGUCACGCAUGUAGUUUGGCUUUACGAAAUUCAAGACCUUUACUGCCAAGUCUCGGUGCAAGUGGUGCUAUAUACGGUCUUGUGGCCUCUACUGCUAUACUUCAUCCUAAUUCAAGCAUCAGUCUUAUCUUUUUACCCAUGAUUCCAAUCAAAUUAGGUUAUGCUUUACCAGCAUUAAUGUCAUUUGAUUUAGCAGGUAUUUUACUGCGAUGGAAAAUGUUUGAUCAUUUCGCACAUCUGGCAGGAGCUGGUUUAGGUAUAGGAUAUACAUAUUAUGGAGAACGACAUAUCUGGGCACCGCUCGUUCGUAAAGUACAUGAGAUCCGAGAAAAUAGUCGGAAUGGAGGUGGUAGAGGACAAGGGGGUGUUUAUAUGUUGACAGAGACUCAACAAAGGCCGGAAACCAUACAGUCUCAGACUAGAAAAUGGACAAAAUGGUUUUAA